GUCCUGUCCACCAAGUGGGAGCUGCUGCAGCAGCAGGGGCCGUCGGGGCCCAGGAAGGACCUGACGGUGAUCUUUGAGAGCUACAUCCAGAACCUGAGGAGGCAGCUGGACUCCAUCCUGGCCCAGCGGGGGCAGCUGGAGUCGGAGCUGCAGAACAUGCAGCAGUACGUCGAGGACUUCAAGAGCAAGUACGAGGAGGAGAUCAACCGGCGCACGACGGCCGAGAACGAGUUCGUGGUGCUGAAGAAGGACGUGGACUCUGCCUACAUGACCAAAGUGGAGCUGGAGGCCAAGGUGGGAGCUCUGACCGACGAGAUCAACUUCCUGAGGUGCAUCUACGAGGAGGAGCUGUCCCAGAUGCAGAGCAUCAGCCGGGACCUGUCCGUGGUGGUGUCCAUGGACAACAACCGGCACCUGGACCUGGACAGCAUCAUCGAGGAGGUCCGGCGCCAGUAUGAGCAGAUCGCCCAGAGCAGCCGGGCCGAGGCCGAGGCCUGGUACCAGAGCCAGUACGAGCAGCUGCAGAGCACGGCCGGGCGCCACGGGGACAACCUGAGGAACACCAAGCUGGAGAUCCAGGAGCUCACCAGGAACGUGCAGAGGCUGCGGGUGGAGAUUGAGAACGUCAAGAAGCAGGAUUCGGAGCGAGUGGGAGGGGAGUUGUGGGUGCGUUUGAUCCGAGCUGCGCUGCGGUUCCUGCGCCGCGGGGAGAGAUCAAAGGGGCACAAAACGCUGUCGGGGGUGGAUCGGGAGUCCCACAACAACCCCCCCGGGAGCCGCCCCGUGUCCCCAGAGAGGGUCAGGAAGCUGCAGACCUGGGGCAGAAAUCUGGGAAAGGCAACGGGAAACGGCUACGAGGGCUCCUGGAAGAGGGAAUCCUGCACCUGGAAGAGGGAAUCCUACACCUGGAAGAGGGAAUCCUACACCUGGAAGAGGGAAUCCUACACCUAG